GCAUCUUUUUUCUAUGGCAAACCCGUGACAUCGAAUUCGCAAUUAACAUUACAAUUUCCCGUUAUCACCGACGAUAUCCCGUCUCACAUUCCUCGACCACUUUGAAAGUUUGGAUAUAUAUAUACUUUAACAGAUAUACUCAUACCUUCCUAAGUAUUGUUCUUAUCACUGUUUCUCCCUAUUAUUUUUACCCUUUAUAAGCUCCAGAAGAGUUCAAACUAAAGUCACUCAACAUGGCUACACAGAAUGUUUGCAACACUAUUCCACCAGUGACAAAAGUUGACUAUCAAACGAAAGGUACAUGGGAAACAAUUGCUGGAGUACCUGUGUACAUUUCAGGAGCAUCUAAACCCACAAACGUCCUGGUGGUCAUCUACGAUAUAUUUGGUGCUGCACCCCAAACGCUACAGGGCGCCGAUUUAUUAGCCGCGGCUCUUGAACCAUUGAACACCGUUGUUGUUGUCCCGGAUCUCUUUAAUGGGAAAAAAGCUCAUGCGGAGUGGUUCAAGAAUCCAAGCGAAGAGGCCAAAGCCGCCAAAGCCGCGUUUGUGGAGUCCGCAUAUGCGAUUGACAGAUGGGAAAAGCUUGUUGGGGAAGUUGUCGCCGAUUGUGCAAAGAAAUGGGGCGGCGUAAAGGCUUGGGCAUGCCUGGGGUUGUGCUGGGGUGGUAAAGUUGCCGCAGCCACUUCACGAAAAGAGACUCCAUGGACAGUUUCCGGUCAAGUUCAUCCAGGUCGAUUGACGAAGGAGGAUGCCGGGAGAAUUACAAUUCCACAUAUCGUGCUUGCCUCAAAUGGCGAGGAUGCUAAAGCCGUGCAAGAAUACAAAGAUGUUCUUGAAGCAGGGAACGGAGUCGUCGAGACUUAUUCAACCAUGCAUCAUGGAUGGAUGGGAGCCAGGGCUAACUUUGAAAAUGAAGACAAUGUCAAGGAAUAUGUUAGAGGGUAUCAACAGUGCGCGGCAUUCUUCUCGGAGCACUUGAGCAAGUAGAUUCGUUCAUCGGAAUUGCCCACGAAUUUACGGUUGCAGUGAAUCAUUGAAGCUGUCCAAAAUGAAGAUAAGCAUCGCAGACAUAUUUCUCGUAUAGAACACAGCCGAUACAAUUGUUCAUUCCUAAGUAGGACUCUCAGAGCUUGUGAUCCUGAAUUGGUUAUCAACUGGUACCCUUGUUUCCAAGCUUUUUUCGUAUGCUUCAAUAUUCAUGAACUCUUUACGAAUGCUUUUACCGUAGAAGUAAAUAGCUUUGGAUUUACAGUACCACCUGUGUUGAAGAGUCAAUAGUCAUACAUUUGCUUUACUAUGCAU